AUGCGGUUUUCAUGGGGUUAUGUGCUUGUCUUGCCAUCUGUCCUUGGGGAGAAGUUGACCAUUCCAGCCGUCGAUAGUGCGGUCAGGUCUCAGCUGUCAAGCUUCAGUCAAUAUGCCGACAGCAAUGGCAGAGUCGGCCAAGAGGCUGCCUUAACGGCAGCAGCAGAAGCUGCGGCAGCUUCUACCGUUGCCCCGAGCGAUCCAGAUUCGGCUGCGCUCACCGGACACAUACUUGAGCAGCGACAGGCGGUUGGAAGUUAUUGGUAUGAGACAAUAGCCCACCAAGGCAUUUCGGCUUUCAACGCCAACCGCGCCAACUACAAGGUCUAUCGCAACGUGAAGGACUACGGAGCCAAGGGAGAUGGGAAGACAGAUGACACAGCAGCUAUCCAGAGAGCCAUCAGUGACGGGAACAGAUGUGCUCCAGGAGCCUGUUUAUCAUCUAGCACGACAAAUGCUGUAGUCUACUUCCCCGGGGGGACAUACCUACUCUCAUCGUCGAUCGUGAGCUACUAUGCCACCAACCUCAUUGGCAACCCCGAUAACAUGCCAGUCUUGAAAGCGACCAAUGGAUUCAACGGAUUCGGCGUCAUUGAUGGAGCUCAAUACCAGCCUGGUGGCGUUUUGCCAUAUGGUCCGACAAACAUCUUCUGGCGCCAAGUUCGCAACUUUGUGAUCGACUUGACUGCAAUUCCCGCUGCAGUUGAGGCGACUGGAAUCCACUGGCCGACAGCCCAGGCCACCAGCUUACAGAACAUAAUAUUCAAGAUGUCGAGUGAUUCCGGAACCAAACACCAAGGUCUCUUCAUCGAGGCGGGAUCAGGGGGUAUCAUGAACGAUCUCGUCUUCUACGGCGGGCUCAACGGCGCCGUGUUCGGCAACCAGCAGUUCACCGUCCGCAAUCUCACCUUCUACAAUGCGGUGACGGCCAUAUACCAGAUCUGGGACUGGGGGUGGACCUACAAAAGCAUAUCGGUGAACAACUGUACCGUCGGAUUGGACAUGGCAUCCCGGGACCCCAGCAACGAGGCCGUCGGAUCCGUCACCUUCUUCGACAGCUCCUUUACCAAUACGAAGAUCGCCUUCAACAUCUCGCGCAACGCCAUCACCCAGCCCAGUAGUGGGGGCAGUCUGGCAAUCGAGAACGUCUCGCUGAAAAACGUGGCCCUCGCAAUCCAGCACGGACCUAGUCGGCUUCCCAUCCUCGCCGGCACGACGGGCUCGACUACGAUCGCGAGUUGGGUGAGUGGACGCGUGUACAACCCGACCGGACCCAACGUCGUCACGGGAGCGAUCACGCCACCGGCACGGCCCGCAUCUCUUGUGGCCAAGGGUCGGUUCUACGAGCGCUCAAAGCCCUCCUACGCCACGCUGCCUUCCACCUCCUUCUCCUCCAUCCGCGCAGGCGGCGCUCGCGGCGACGGCGUCACUGACGACACGGCUGCUUUGCAGAAAGUGAUCACUGCCGCAGCAGCGGCUGGUCGCGUGGUCUACUUCGACGCCGGUACCUACAAAGUCACGCGCACGCUACUAAUCCCGGCUAAGAGCCGCAUCGUGGGCGAGGGAUACGCAGUCAUCAUGUCAAGCGGCGCCUUCUUCGCCAACAUCAACGCGCCGCAAGUCGUCGUACAAGUCGGCAACCCAGGCGACGUAGGCGUGGUGGAAUGGAGCGACAUGAUAGUAUCGACCCAAGGCGCGCAAGCAGGCGCGAUCCUAAUCCGCUGGAACCUCGCCUCCGCGGCCGAGUCCCCAAGCGGGAUGUGGGACGUCCACACGCGCAUCGGCGGCACGACCGGCUCGAACCUCUCCUACGCCAACUGCGCCGCCGCGCCUAAAUCCACCCUCGUGAACAGCGCCUGCAUCUCGGGCUACACGUCCCUGCACGUCGCCAAGUCGGCGUCGGGGCUCUACAUGGAGAACGUCUGGCUCUGGGUCGCCGACCACGACGUCGACGACGCGGCCCUGCGGCAGAUCACCGUGUACGCCGGCCGCGGCUUACUCAUAGAAUCAACCGCCGGCACGAUCUGGCUCGUGGGCACCAGCUCGGAGCACCACGUGCGGUACCAGUACCAGUUCAGCAACACCCAAAACAUAUUCGCGGGCCAGAUCCAGACCGAGACGCCGUACUACCAGCCCAACCCGGGGUCGCGGCAGCCGUUCCCGCUGAACGCGGCGAUCGACGAUCCGAAUUUCGACUUUCUGUGCCCGAAGGCGACGGCGCCGGGGACGUGUGCGGAGGCGUGGGGACUGCGGGUUAGUGCGAGUCGGAAUGUGCUGAUUUACGGGGCCGGAUUCUACUCGUUCUUCAACAAUUACACCACCUCGUGCUCCGACAAGGGCGCCGGUGCACUGUGCCAACAAGGGAUGGUGCAGUACGACGCGGCGAACACGAAGGGGUUCUGGAUGUAUGGACUAAAUACGGUAGGUGCCGUCGGCAUGGUCUACAGAGACACCACGAAGAUGGUGGACUAUUCGCAAAACGUGAAUGUCUACCCUAGUACGAUCAUGGUGUUUAAUAGUAAUAGCUAG